AUGUACAUGCGGUCGGACUUUGCGGCGUUGCGUGUACGAAAAGACGUGAACGAGCUGUCGAAGGCCAAGUUUACCUGCAGUCAAGCAAAGACCCGCGUGGAUUUCCCCGAUGGAGCAAACAAUAUGCUGCAGCUGAUCUUCUCCAUGUCCAUUGCUGACGUGUCGGGUCCAUUUGCCAAUGGCGACUUUACCUUUUUUGUGGAAAUUCCUCGAACGUACCCGUUUCAUGCUCCCAGCGUGACGUGUUUGACCAGGGUAUGGCAUCCAAACAUUGACGCAGCAACGGGCAAAGUCAUGAUGCCGAUUCUGGGCAAGGACUGGUGCCCUGUGCUCAGUAUCAACACCGUCUUGCUCGGGUUGCAGUUGAUAUUCCUAGAACCCGGCGUCGAUUACGUUCUCAACACUGGGGCAGCCGAGCAGCUGCGUGAGGACCCAGAGCAGUUCAGGAGGGAGGCGCAGCAAAUACUUUGUGGUGGGAAGUUUUACGGCAUGGACUUCCCGUCACAUCCGCGACAGAUUGAAAGUCGACGACAUGACUUGGGGUUGCGGGUAAAGCGUCCACGCGACAACGGCUCUCACGCAAGUGCGGAAUGGGACGGUAUGGUAAGCCCUAUUACAAGCGAUAGCAUCAGCAUCGAGGCUCCAGAGCUUAUGGACUGCAGCGAUGUUCCUGCAUGGAAACGGACGCGAAUCGAGUAG